UACAACUUUGCACUCUUGACGUUUAUUAAUCUUUAUGUCAAUUGUCUUUUCCGUGGUUCGCUCCCGAAUCCCGAGUCAUUAUGGCCACUACAGUUCAAACACCACCACGAACCAUAAUCUUGCGGCUUCUCAAUCAUAAAAUAGGUAAAAAAGAAAAAAGAAGAGACUUAAACUGUGCUUUCUGUAGCAACCGAUCUCUCAAUUUUGGAUAGAUCACUCUCACCAUCCUCACUUUGAAGACCUUGUGGUUAAGCCCUUGACUAAUAUUCUACCUUUACUUACAGGCUUCACGUUACUGGCUGGUGUAAUUUUACUCAUCCACAUCUCUAUACCUCAAGCAGAACCCUAUACGUCGAAAUUCCUUUUUCUUUCGCAUCGGCAGCCUUCUACUGGACUAUACUCUGUUGGCGAUGGCGAUGUAUGCUUCGUGCUUUUCGAGGUGCUCACUCUGGCUGGCCUUCGAGAAGGAUGUAUGAAAUACCUCCUUGCCCCAUUCGCCAGAGUAAUGGGAGUGUCGAAGGAAAGAAAGGUUGUCAGAUUCUCGGAACAGGGCUGGAUUCUCAUGUACUACAGUGUAUUUUGGCCCUUGGGAAUGUUGAUUUGGGCUAAAUCGCCUCACUUCUCAGACAUGGAUCAACUGUGGAUCCAUUGGCCGCAAAGAGACAUUGAUGGGUUAAUCAAGUUUUACAUCUUGACUCAGCUGGCUUAUUGGAUACAGCAAGUCAUCUCAGUCAACAUUGAGGCUCGCCGAAAGGACUACUGGUUGAAUGUAGUACAUCAUUUCAUUACUAUCACGCUCAUUCUAUUAUGCUACGUUUACCAUCACACCCGAGUCGGAAGUUUGAUCUUGGUAAUGAUGGAUGCCAUUGAGAUACUUUUCCCGUUUGCCAAAUGCCUGAGAUAUCUGGGCUUUACUACUCUUUGCGAUUUAGUCUUUUUCCUUUUCUUCGUAACAUGGAUUGUGUCCCGCCAUGUUUUGUAUCUCAUGACUUGUUGGAGUGUAUACUCAGAUGUUCCUCGAAUAAUCGAGCCGUCUUGUUUCAUGGGCUCUGCCAAUGACCUCCACGGUCCUCUUCCUGUUCCUGACGACUGGUGGCACUUGAUUGAGCCAUGGAUCUACCCCAAGGGUAAAGUUUGCCACAGUGAUAGCUUUAGGGUCAGCAUCUUGGCUUACCUCCUUCUCCUUCAAGUCUUGAUGAUGAUCUGGUUCGGAUUCAUUUGCAAAGUCGCCAUUGGUGUCUUGGAUGGAAGGGCUGCAGAAGAUGUCAGGAGCGAUGUCGAAAGUGAUGAAGAAGACUCAGAGCCUGUUGCAAAUGGUUCUGGCUGGCAGCAAUCUCAACUACAACCUGGGCGUCGUGUUGGCUCUAACGGCGCGGCACAAAUGGUAGAUGGAGUCAAGAAAGACUUGAGAUGCAACAUCCAUUGCAAUGAAGAGUGAGAUAGUGAGAUAUUAGAAAACAUAUUAAUAUAAGCAUCGUGCUGCCAAA